GGAGGGUUGUAUCGCGCGCGUCAUGUGAUAAGCGCUCGUGGACAAGAGCCAGCAGCGUCCGACCAGCAGCCUAUCUCUGUCACCGCGCGCACGCUGUCAGAGAGCCCCCUUUUUUUUAUCUCCAGCAAGCAGGGGAGGGGGCGUAUCCUUUCACCCCCCCCCUCCUCUUUUCUCUCCCCUUCAGCACAGCGCUCAGAGUCUCCACACUUUGGCACUCAACAUUCAACCUGCUCCAGACGACGCCCAUUCCUCGUUAUUCUUCUUCCAGUUCUUGCUCCGCGCGUUGGCAUCACUCGCCCCAACAACAACAACAACCCAAGGAGGAAGAGGAGCGAAGAGGAGGGGUAGGAGAGAGGCAGAGAGGGGGUGCUGGGUUAUUCCGAAGAAGUAACACUCAAAAAAACCAAGGCUGUUUUGGAAAAAGGAGGGAAGCGAUCUGCGUAAUCUGAGAUGGCUGAGGUGUCCCAAGAGGAGCGACUCCAGGCCAUCGCUGAGAAACGGAAGAGGCAGACAGAGAUUGAAAACAAGAGGAGGCAGCUCGAUGAUGACCGCCGACAACUGCAACAUCUCAAGUCCAAAGCCCUGAGGGAGCGCUGGUUGUUAGAUGGAGCGCCCGAGGAAGAGGAGACCAAACGCCGUCUGCAGGAGGACGAAGUCAAGACCAAACUUCUGGAGCAAGUCAUCCUCAGGCUGGAGCAGGAGAUCGAGGAGCUGGAGACAGGCGUGCCGGCGAAGGGCGUGGCCAAAGAGAACGGAGGUGAGAAUGGAGUAGUGCAGAACUCGGGCCAGACCCCAAAGAGAGAAGUGACCGGGGUGGAGGCCAAACUCCUGGGUCCCAGUCCAGACCAGGCCAGCGCGGACAACCCGGUGACCCUGGUGUUCAUGGGAUACAAAACCGUGGAGGAGGAGCAGGAGUCGCGCGCCGCCAUGGAAGGGGUCGACGGCAACGUGAAGGCCGAGUUCGUGGUGAUCGAAGACGGCGAGGGGAAGGGAGGAGAGGGCGCCACAGACGAGCAGGCGCCCCCUAAUGGUAGCAUGGCGGAUAAGGAGAAGGCCAACGGGGCGGAGGAGGAGAAGAAGGAGAAGAAACAGAGCUGCAAGUGCUGCACGGUCAUGUGAGAGCCGGGUCUACGUGUGUGUACGUGUGUGUGCGUGUGUGUGACUGUGUGAAAGUGUGUGUGUGCGCCAGGACUGGACAAAGUAACACAACAAAAGCAGAAACACAGCCAAUAUCAACAAGAGCCCGAACAAGCUCAAGAACCACAAAGACUUAAAAGUACAACUCGACUUCUCCAAUAUGUAUUUGAAUUUUAAUUUCAAUUGAUAUUUUUCUAUUUUUCUGUCUUGACAUUUAUAUUGUAUUCAUUAUGUAUAUCUUAUAAUGAGACUGUGUACUGUAAAGUCAUUGGUAUUAUUGUAAAAAAAAAAAAAACAUCAAAUGUAUUAGCUCGCUUUAGCUGAACAAAUCUGGAAAACCUCCCAAAAAACGCUAAAGCUGAACUAUGUAACCUUUCUGCGUGAUCCGCCGCUCGCUUUUCUCCAUGGAGAUUACACCGCUUUGCCUGGAAUGUCCCGCAAUAUGCCAUUAAACGCAUCCACCUUACAUUUAUUUAGUUACAGGUGUUUUAUUUCUCAAAAAAUACCUGAAAAAACAUGCAUUUUUACUCUGAGCCAGGACUUCGUAUAUUCGUUUAACGCCAUAAAGUGAAACAUCCCAGGCAAAAAAAAAUGUAAAAAUUAAAAAUGAGCGUCUCUAUGGCAACAAGCAGCUCCAGAAAAGCGACAUAGUGCAGCUUUAUAUAAACUAUGAAGGACACAGUAAAGAUAUAUUUCUCUGUGUAGGCCUAUCAACUGUUUAUCGGUCAAUGUCAUAGUUGGAAUAUUGUCUGAGAUCUUAUUUUGAAUAGUAUUUUAAUAUAUUGAUAUGAAAUUAUGUUUUAUACAAUGUAUUUAUUGUUUUUUUGGUUCGGAAUCAUCUCAGUUCAUCCUCUGCAUGUGAGCUUGAAAGCAGAUUACAAUCAUGAAGUGUCUUUGCUUUAAAAUCGCAAAUGUUCUGUUGGGUUACACUGGUCGUUUUUAACUUUUAGGGUUAGAGACGUUUCGCAGCAACGAGACAAAGAAGCAGUGAGUGAGUGGAUACAGUUCUGUGCAAAAGGUUUUAGCAACUUUAUAUUUAAAAAAACAUGAAAAAACUAUGAAAAUUUUAAUCAUAAGUAGUUUACGCUUGAAGAUUUUCUAGUUUAAGAUGCGUAAAGAUGCUCUAUAUCUGUUUUCCUGUGUUGGGUUUGCCACUUGCUUGUGUCCAUGGAGCUCGCUUUGCCUGAAAUGUUCCAUAAUAUAGCAUUAAAUGUUUCUAUCUUGCGCAUUUAUGUAACUUUUCACUGCCCAAAAACACAAACACACUUAAAAAAACAUGCAUUCUUACUGGUAUCGAUCUGAGCUUUAAUUCGGCGUGUGUUGUCAUGCAGAUCGAUACGUUCAAAGCCACAUUAUGGAACAUUACGGAGACAGGCACGUGGUGAAAGUUACACAGCGCGACUUUAAACGCUCAUUUCACGACUUUUGCGCAGCACUGUAUACCUAUAACUAUUUAAUUUUUUACUAUAUAUGACAGAUACUUUACGACGCAUUGUAAGAAACCAUUUCGCAGUGACUACAAACGUUCGAAGUACUUUUGUUUUUUGUUUUCCACUGUUAAAUUUUAUGUACAAACGUAUCACUACGGUAGCAUUGCAUGAAGCCUUGCAAACUCGUCACUCGUCUGGUCUUUCCACCAUCACCUCCACAUGAAUGUAACUGCGCAGGGGUCAAACUGGGACAAACGUUAUGACAUUUGUCCGGCUUGUUCAGCGUGCCACUAUUAUUUUAUUAUUAUUAUUAUGAUAAAUAGCAUUUUUUCUCUUCAUGAACCAAAUCAAAUGUUGCUUAUACAUAUUAUUCACUGAGUGUGGUUGGCUGCUGUGCUCUCGUUCUCCCAGUUUAACCCCUGAUAAUAGAUUUUAAUUAGAAACACUUAAAUGUGUAAAAUUUAAAAGUUUAGCUGCACCCAGGUAGUUUUUUGGUCUAUUAUAGCAAAAAGUGGCCGGUUGAGACUUUUUUACAAUCGAUUAGGUCAGUGAUACUCAGCUACUAAUAUCACCCGUUCACUCUUUCACGUUUAUCAUCACAACAAACUCAAGUUGGUGCUAUUGCCGUGUCUUGCCGUCUGUCCGUCUGUCUCUCCCUCCAUCAGAUUUUGGUCUACGGAAAGAGGAUUGUGGGUAAUCUGCCUCCUUCUUCGCAUUUUUGAGCGAAAGAAAGUUCAGUACCAGAUGCAUUGUCUCAAGUCUUGCCUCCUGGUUCCUUCACACAUUCCAAUGGGAGGUCAACAGGCGUGGACUGAUAAAUUACGGUCUAUGCUUUCCAUAUGUACGGCUUGAAACUCUGCCUCCGGUACUUUCACAAUACUUUCUUGUACUUCGUUGUGUAAAAUAUAUACAUUUUGUGUAUUGUCGGUGCCUUCGUCCGGUUCAUUGAGUUGGACUUGUCUUGUUUGUUGCCAUUUAUUUAUAGAUUUUUCUCUUUCUGGCUCCUGGUUUUACAAAGAUCCACCUUAAACACUGCCUUUCAUCCAUGCUUUUAUUUUGAAGAGGUUGCAGCUCACUAUAUAGGACAUAUGCAAACUAUGGUCUCCAAGGAAGGCCGUUUCGAGGACCCAGUUUUUUUAAUGCAACUUUAGUAGGUUUGUUGUAUUAUGGGAUGCCUGUAUGAUUAAUUGUUGUAAACUUUUGACAUCAUGUAUCCGACAUACCCUGCUAUAGGCUCCAUGUGUGCAUCAUACUGUUGUAUAUGUGCAGAAAUGUUGCUAUGGACUUUUGGUUGUCGUGGGUCUCCGGGACAGCAGCAGAAGUCACCUUGUGUUUGACCAAUGCCUGUUCAUUCUGUGAUUGUCUCAGUGUUUAAUCUUGAAUAAAAUAUUGUUUUCAGCAGAUCAUAAA